AUGUCGUCUCUUAGCAGGGAGCUGGUUUUCCUCAUCCUGCAGUUCCUCGAUGAGGAGAAGUUCAAGGAGACGAUGCACAAGCUGGAGCAGGAGUCGGGCUUCUACUUCAACAUGAAGCACUUCGAGGACCUCGUGCAAGGCGGCGAGUGGGACGAGGUGGAGAGGUACCUCAGCGGCUUCACCAAGCUGGAGGACAAUCGCUACUCCAUGAAGAUCUUCUUUGAGAUCCGCAAGCAGAAGUACCUCGAGGCCCUUGAUAGGCAUGAUAGGGCCAAGGCUGUGGAGAUUCUCGUGAAGGAUCUGAAGGUGUUCGCCUCCUUCAAUGAGGAGCUGUUCAAGGAGAUAACACAGCUGCUGACCUUGGAGAAUUUUAGUCUGAACUGGCAACAUCAGCUCUACAAGAACCCUAGACCAAACCCUGACAUCAGGACACUCUUUACUGAUCACUCUUGUGCUGCUCCUACCAAUGGAGCAAGAGCACCUCCACCUACCAAUGGUCCGCUUGUUGGAUCCAUCCCUAAGUCAGCUAGAUUUCCACCAAUGGGUGCUCAUGCUCCACACCAAUGGGGAUCUUCAUGCUGCAAACGUUGA